AUGGCUUCCAAGAGUGACCCUACUGCCGAUUCCAAGUCCGUCGAGGCGCAAAUCAAGAGCCACGAUGGCAGGGACAAUGGCGCCAGUGCAGACAUCGACGGCCCCCAGGAUGUGAGAAAUGCUGAAGAUGCAUCUAUCAAUGGAUCCGAUGUGCUUGCGCUGCAGGACGUUGACCCCGCCAUGAACAUGAAGAUGCAUCUUGUGAAUAACGCCAUUGACGAGAUUGGUUGGACUCCUUACCACAUGAAGCUGUUUUUCCUCAAUGGUUUUGGCUAUGCUGUCGACUCCAUGAUCACCCUCUUCCAGUCCAUUGUCGCUGGCCAGUCCUUCAUGGAGUUUGGUGGCGUUGGUUUCGCCAAUGGACUCACAAUCGCCGUGUACGUUGGAAUGCUUCUGGGUGCCAUUUUCUGGGGCUUUGGUGCCGACAUCAUCGGCCGCAAGUACGCCUUCAACUGCUCCCUCUUCAUCUGCUCCAUCAGCUGCAUCAUUGCUGGUGGCAUGCCCAACUGGCCCGCGCUCGGCGUCUUCGUCGCCCUGCUUGGCUUCGGAGGCGGUGGCAACCUUGUUCUGGACACAACUGUCUUCCUCGAGUUCCUUCCCAGCCAUAAGCAGUGGCUCGUAACUCUGAUGGCCUGCUGGUGGGGUGUUGGACAGGCCAUUGCCGGCUUCAUCGCCUGGGGCUUCAUGGUCCCCGAGAAGUGGAACUGCGCCGACAUCGAGACGUGCACCAAGGAUAACAACUGGGGCUGGCGCUACGUGCUCUUCACCGGUGGCUCCAUUGUGUUCGUCUUGUCCAUUCUCCGUAUCACCAUUGUGCGCCUCAUGGAGACGCCCAAGUACCUUCUUGGCAUGGGCAAGGAUGCCGAAGUUGUUGAGACUCUCCAGCACAUCGCCACAAAGUACAACAAGCCCUGCUCUCUCACUCUUGAGCAGCUCGAGGCUUGUGGCGCCGCCACCUCGGCACACAGCAAGAGCAAGUUCUCAGUUGGCGAGCUGAUGAUUCACAUGCGUGGCCUCUUCAGCACCAAGAAGAUGACUCUUUCCACCCUCUUGAUCUGGCUCUCCUGGACACUGAUCGGACUGGCCUAUCCCUUGUAUCUGGUCUUCCUUCCACAAUAUCUCAAGAACCGAGGCACCUCGUUCGAGCGCACUCCCUACGAGAACUGGCGCAACUAUGCCCUGAACAACACCAGCAGUAUCUUUGGUCCUCUCGCCGGAGCUUUCAUGUGUAACACCAAGCUCCUCGGCCGCAAGUACACAAUGGCCAUCGGCUCCCUGAUGACCAUGGCCUUCUUCUUCGCCUAUACCGCUGUGAGGACUAACGCUCAGGACAUUGCUUUCAAUUGCUUGAUCUCAUUCUGUCUCAACAUCUACUAUGGUACUCUGUAUGCGUACACCCCAGAGGUUCUUCCCAGCGCCCAUCGUGCUACUGGCAACGGCAUCUCCGUCUCAUUCAACAGAAUCAUGGGCAUCAUCUCUGCCGUUGUGGCCGCCAAAGCUGAUACCUCGACGGAUGCACCCAUCUACAUCUGCGCUUCACUCUACAUUGUCGCCGCCAUUGUUGCAGUGCUAUUCCCCUAUGAGCCAUACGGCAGGCGAAGCUCGUAA